GUUAGUAAUAGUAUUGUUCCUCUUCAUUCUCAUAUGACUCUGUUCGGUUCCGUUCUUAUCCAAUGGAACCCAUCAGUGUGCAAUCCCUAGCCCAAUCGGGUCGGGUCCCAUCUGAAUACAUCCAGCCUCCUCAGAACCGACCCGUUCGAAAUAACCCACCCGCAACAAUUAUACCCGAUCACGAUGUCAACAUUCCGGUCAUCGACCUCUUCGGGUUCGACCCGAAUCUCCGCGAUUCGACCCGGGAAGAAAUCGGGCGGGCCUGCCGGAAGUGGGGCGCCUUCCACGUCACCAAUCACGGUGUUCCGGUUACCCUCCUAGACGCCGUGCGGCGCGUGGGUCUCGCCUUCUUCAAUGACUGUCCCAUGCCGGAGAAGCUGCGAUUCGCCUGUGCCUCCGGCGCCGCCGCGUCGGAGGGGUACGGCAGCCGGAUGCUCGUGAGCUCCGAUCAGGAACAAAACGAUGCCGUCCUCGAUUGGAGGGACUACUUCGACCACCACACUCUUCCCCUUUCUCGCCGGAACCCUAAUCGGUGGCCCAAUUUUCCCUCCGAUUACAGGGAAUCUGUGGCGAGGUACAGUGAUGAGAUGAAGGUUCUGGCGCAAAAGUUGCUAGCUUUGAUAUCAGAGAGUCUUGGGUUGCGAGAUUCGUGCAUUGAAGAUGCUGUUGGGGAAUUCUAUCAGAACAUCACUAUUAGCUAUUACCCUCCGUGUCCCCAACCAGAGCUCACGCUUGGUUUGCAAUCACAUUCUGAUAUGGGUGCAAUUACCCUUUUGAUCCAAGACGAUGUGUGUGGUCUUCAGGUUCUGAAGAAUGGUGGUUGGGUCACUGUGCAACCCUUGUCAGGUGCUGUUCUUGUUCUCUUGGCUGACCAAACUGAGAUUAUAACAAAUGGAAAGUACAGGAGCUGUGAGCAUAGGGCAAUUACAAAUCCUGACAGAGCAAGGCUCUCUGUGGCAACAUUUCAUGACCCAGCUAAGACAGUCAAGAUCUCCCCUGCUUCUGAACUGAUCAAUGAGUCAUCACCAGCUAAAUACCGCGAUGUUGUUUACGGAGACUAUGUAUUAUCUUGGUAUACCAAAGGCCCUGAAGGAAAACGAAAUAUUGAUGCACUUCUGCGGCAAUCUUAGUGUGUUUUUCUCCUGGCCUUGUGGCUCCACCAGAACUUAUGGGAAUUCCUUCUCAUCCUCAUUUUCUUGUUCUGGUUGAUUUUUUAUUUCCAUUGCUAUGAAUAUGUUCUUCUUAUUGUUGCUUUAGUUAACGAGGAUUUGUUCUCGAAAAAGGGUGAAGUUGGUUUCAGAUUUAUCUGGUUUGAAAUUGUUGAUGUUGGAAGAGCAACUUAUCAGUAUGCUUGAAACUGUUGUAAAAAAACAAGGAGCAAGAGAAUCAAAUCAUGGUGAAUCUGAAAUCAAUAUCACCAAUUAUCAAGAACUAAUCCUUAUUAACUAAAGCAACCACAAGGAAACAUAUGUAGCAAUGGAAACCAAAAAUCAACAAGAACAAGAAAAUGAGAAUGGAAAGGAAGUCCCAUGGAUGAUUGCUCUCUUGGUUCAGGCGGACAGUGGAGCCAUGAGACCAAGAGAAAAAACACUUAAGAUUCCUUAUUACGUGUUCAAAUGAGCAUCAAGAUUUUUCUUGGAAUGCUGGAGACAAGGAGGUUCAUAUCAAAAUCUACAAGCAACAGUUAUGGAUAAAUGAGAACCUAAUUAUUGUAUUGUAGAGCAUAAUUGAGGCAGCUUAAAGAUAGCCCAAAUAGCUGCAUGCAAAAUUCAUCUUUUUCGGUGCAAGUUCAAUAAUCAGUAUAUUGAGUUUUUAUUGAUUUGGUGCUUACCCAUCUAAUGAAUUCUGCAGAAUU